GUGAGAGGUGAAGAGGGAAAGUCGGCGAUCCAAUGGUCUAUAUUAUUUUGUUACAUUCUAAUAAUUGAUAAUCGCAACGCUUCAUUGUCAUUACACAUUACUAUUAUAGUAAUGUUUACUGUUUAUAUCGAACUGUCGACUGUUCUCCCGGCUCAACGUAGCACACGGUCGUGUUGUUUUUGACUCGGCGUCCGACAGAAUUAUUUUUUUUAAUUUCCCAUACCCCCUCCCGUUUUGAAACCGUGCCUACUGACUACUACGGUUUGGAACAUAAUUUGUUUUCGCAGACCGCAUUACGUCAGUAGUCAGUACUUAACACUUUAUAGUUUACGACAGUGCGACGUUUCACGAGUGUUUGAUCAUUGUUUUGUUAUUAUAUUGUCUAUAGUGUUUAUAGUUUAUUAUCAGGUCGUAAGCUGUCGAACGAACGACACUUACCUACGUCAUAAUGCUGUCAAACGCCAAUCGUUUCUCAUCGGCCACGCUAAAAGGAUUUCAAAGCUUAUGUUGCCGAAGUAUUGGAUCCCUUUCACUACCUAAAGUUAAGGAUUUUAGUGUAGAAAAUGAACCACUUUUAGAAUACUUGCCUGGCAGCAAAGAACGAAAAGAAAUCGAAGCUGAGUUAAAACGCCUGUCUAGUAAUGUGGAAGAUGUACCUAUUAUCAUCGGUAAUGAAAAAUUCAAGACCAAAGAUGUUAGAUAUCAAGUUAUGCCACACAACCAUGGCAAGAAGAUCGCAAAAUUUUAUUAUGCUUCAUCAGAUUUAGUUGCAAAAGCAAUUAAAGUUGCUACUGAAGCUCAAACAAAAUGGGAUACUGUACCUUUGGAAGAAAAAAUAAGCAUUUGGCUAAAGGCUGCAGAUUUAAUGGCUACCAAAUACAGAAUGAAAUUGAAUGCAGCUACUAUGCUUGGUCAGUCAAAAACAGUUAUCCAAGCUGAAAUUGAUGCAGCUGCUGAAUUAAUAGAUUUUAUCAAAUUAAAUGCAUUUUUUGCAAAAGAAUUGACAAAAUACCAACCAAUUAGUGAAAAUAAAAAAAUCACACUAAAUAGUUUGCGUUAUAGAGGCCUUGAUGGUUUUGUUGCUGCUGUGUCUCCUUUUAAUUUUACGGCAAUUGGUGGAAAUUUAGCAUACACUCCUGCUUUAAUGGGAUGCUCUGUUCUAUGGAAACCUUCAGAUACAGCUUUGUUAUCAAACUGGGUGAUUUAUGAAAUAAUGACUGAAGCAGGAGUUCCAGCUGGUGUAGUUAAUUUUAUCCCAGCUGAUGGUCCUGUAUUUGGUGAUACUAUUACUGCAUCACCACAUUUAUCGGGUAUCAACUUUACUGGAUCUGUUCCGACAUUUAAUCGACUAUGGACCCAAGUUGGACAAAAUAUAAAUAGCUAUGUUAACUUUCCAAGAUUGAUUGGAGAGUGUGGAGGUAAGAAUUAUCAUUUUGUGCAUCCAACAGCCGAUGUGACAUCUGUUGUUACUGGCACUAUUCGAUCUUCAUUUGAAUAUUGUGGUCAGAAGUGUUCGGCCUGUUCCAGACUAUACGUUCCUCAAUCUUUAUGGCCUAAAAUUAAAGAAGGAUUAUUAGAACUGCGUAAUAAGUUGAAAAUUGGUGAUGUCAAUGAAUUUGAUUCUUUUGCUUCAGCAGUUAUUGACGAUAAAGCAUUUAAUCGUAUUGUUGGAUAUAUUAAACAUGCAGAGAAGUCUCCCAAUUUGGAAAUUAUUGGUGGAGGACAGUAUGACAAUAGUAAAGGAUACUUUAUACAGCCAACUAUAGUGGAAACAAAGGAUCCUUUAGAUAAAAUUAUGACUGAAGAAAUCUUUGGGCCUCUCUUGACUGUUUAUGUUUAUAAAGAUUCAGAAGUUGAUAAAACAGUUGAUCUCGUUAUUAGUUCUACUCCUUAUGCAUUGACUGGAGCUGUAUUUGCUCAGGACAAAAACUUUUUAAAAAAAUCUCUUGAAACAUUAAAGUAUUCAGCUGGUAAUUUUUACCUUAAUGAUAAGUCUACAGGUUCCGUAGUGGGACAACAACCAUUUGGUGGAAGCAGAAUGUCAGGCACUAAUGACAAAGCUGGUGGUCCCCAUUAUGUUCUACGAUGGACGUCACCUCAAUCUGUUAAAGAAACAUUUGUACCAUUGACCGAAUGGAAAUAUCCUUACAUGAAUUAAUAACAUGCUGGUUGAAACAAGAUCUAGUGUUUUGCUAUAGGUUUACUAGAACACUAGCAAAACUGUGAUAUUGAUUGAAUCCAAUACUACUAAAUUAUUUGAAAUAAGAUAGAAAAAAGAAGCAAUUCCUUUAUAUUUUAUAGAAUAAACAUUGUUUAAAGUUUAUAAAAAUUACCUGAAAGAAUCUCAUUUUUUUCAUAAAAAGUAUGAGAGAUUCAAUUUAAAAUAAUUAUUUUUAAUUUAUUAAAUUUUUUCCAUCUUAUUGAUAUUAAUUUUAUAUCCUACUGUAACUUUAAUAGACCCAAUUUUUGAACCCACUGGCUAUAUCUGUAGUUCUAGUAUUACUAUAGUUUAGAUAGUAAACUGAACUAAAUUGUGAAAUGUAAAUAGUGAUGAUAAACACUGUAUUAUGCUGGCUGGUAUUAAUUAGAUAAAUUUAUACUUAAGUAUGAUGUUUGUGUAUAUUAAACUUUUUAAUUUAUGUUUGGCUAUUAAUUUAGUGAUGAUAAAUGGCCUAAUAAUGUGUUACUUGUAUUACAAACAAGAGAAUUUUUGUAAUUCGAGAAUAAAUGUUUCUGUAUUAUUGAAA